AUGUACAAUCCUUACCAACCCCCGGGCAUGUAUGGAAGAUCCGACUAUGGGGCCUACCCAGGCGCGCCCCCAGGUAUGGCGCCCCCUCCAGGUAUGGCUGCUCCUGGAACAGCAGCUCCCCCGGGGAUGCAACAAAAUAAUCAGCAGCCGGGUCGCCCUGGCGGGUUCCCGGCCAACUUCCAACCGCCUCCGAACAUGCCCAACAUCAACUUCUCUGCACCUGUGAUUCGCCUGGGCACCUCCGGACCCUCCAAGCCAGCUGCCCCCGAGACAGGUCGUGAACGAGGGUCCGAUGGGCCCGGUCGUCGCCCGGGUCUGGGCUCGUCAAAUACCGACGAUCGACGCCCCCAUGGCCGCGAUUCCAUGAUGCAACUACAGCCACCGACUCGGGAUGAGAUUGUGCGCACAUUGUUCGUCGGGGGUAUCACGGAAGGCGCCGGGGGAGAUGAGGGCAUUGAGCGCAUCUUACGGUCUGCCGGAAGUUUACGUCGUUGGAUUCGGGCCACAGAUGCGGACGAGAAGCCCUGCCGGUUUGGGUUUGCUGAGUUUGAAGACCCCGAGAGCCUGGAGGUCGCCGUGGAGGUGCUGAAGGACAUUGAAGUGCCCGUCAAGCGCCAACUACCACGCACGGAGGACGAGGAGGAGCAGGAGGUGGAGAAGAGCUCUCUUUUGGUCGUUGUCGACGAGAGCACCAUGACCUACUUGGAGCAAUUCGGCGCUACUCGUGGCGAGCGAGACCCCAAAGAGCUUCAGGCUCGCUACGACAAGGCCCACGCGUCUGGCGUUGACGGAGAGGGCGACGUGGAGAUGAAGGACGGCGAAGUUGUCAAGGAUGGAGAAGUCGUGACGAUCCCAAUCACUGUCGAAGAUGAGCUAGCGGACAUUCCGCCCGAAAUGCGCGAAAAUGUGGCCAAGGAGAUUGCAGCGUUCCGUGAGCGCAGCAACCGCCGAGAUAUCGAGCGAUUGAAGCGCGAGGAAGAGAUCGAGUCUAUGGAGCGAGCUCGGAACUCUGGCUCGCGCAUCAGUCGGCUUGGCUCGCCCCCUCCCUCAGCUCCCAGUGGUCCUGCAGGCGGUGCAAAUGGCAUUCCACUUGGGCCUCGAGGUGACCGCAAUGUGCCCGGCGCUCCUUCCGGACCCAGAGGAUUUGGCGUCCAGAUCCCCAAGGACUACCAAAAGGGCGUCUCGUUUGUGAACGGUGGCGGCUUGAAUGGCUCUCAAGAACAUAUCGACCGCGAAGACGAGGAGACCGACGCGAGUGAUGAGGAGCUUGAACGUCGUCGUCAGGCCAAGCGGAACGCCGAACAGGAGAAGCAGUUCUUGGACCAGGAGCGUCGAUGGCUCAAUCGUGAGCGCAGCCGAACGGCCGCCUUAGAACGUGAAAAGAAGCGUGACAAGGAAGAAGAUGGAAAAUUACAGGCUGCACACGAUGAGAUGGAGAAACGUCUGAUGGAGUGGGAUGACAAUGUCGAAGCGAGCCGUAAGACGAGCGAGUACUAUGCUGACCGUGGCGCCUGGCUACGCAGCCGCGCUGCUUUCCGUGCUCGCGAGAUCAGCAUGGACGAGGCUGACCGUGCUGCCGAGGCACGGGAGCAGGCUCAAUCCGCCAAGCAGCAGGAGCAAGCACGCGGGAUGGCCGACGACUUCCUCGCCAAACAGGCCGAGGAGUUGGAGGCCCGGGCCCAAGCCCCAGCCCCCCAGGAAGAGGAGCCGCAGCGAUUCAAGCUUUCCCUUGGCGCCGCCGCUCAGAAGGCCCAGGCCGCCAGCGGCCGUCGCACUGUUGCCGAAGUCGAAGGACUACUGGAGGACGAGGAGGAGCCUGCCGGCACGACCCGCCGGCAGCUUAUUCCGAUCAAGUUCGACUCUGCUGCCGAAGCUGCUGGUCUCUCGGACGAGGAGCGUGCCCAAGCCGCUCGUCAACUGGCCGCCGAGAUCCCGGCCGACAAGGAGGGGCUCUGGAAGUGGGACAUCAAGUGGGAGUUUGUGGACGAGGCCAUCAUCGCCGAUCAAAUCAAGCCCUUUGUCGAGAAAAAGAUCGUCGAGUAUCUGGGAAUUCAGGAACAAAUGCUGGUGGAUGUGGUGGAGGAGCACGUCCGAAAACACGGGUCUCCUCAGGAUCUGGUGGAGCAAUUGGAGAUGGCGCUCGACGAAGAGGCCGAGGUGCUCGUUCGCAAGCUUUGGCGUAUGCUAAUCUUCUUCUCCGAGAGCGAAAAGCGAGGCCUGUCUGGAUAG